AAGGAGCAUUGAGGGAGGACCGUUUCUUCUUCCUCUUCUCUUUCUCUAUAAAACCGGUCCCUCUCCCCUCUCCUUUUUCACGUUUACAUACAACUCUCCACUUUCUUUGCUCUUAUCCCUUCCGAAUUACCCUCUCUCCUUCCCAAGACUUUCACUCUCUCUCACCAUGAAGAAGACCAUCUCCAAGGUCUCCAAGAUCUUCAACGGCAGCAAAAAGUCUAAGGAGGAUGAGAGUGUCUCUUCCAUCACCCCUGCGCAAUUGGGGGAGAUGAGGGGAUUCAUUCCUCCUGAUUAUGGCGUCCAGGAAGCCGUGGGUAUUACUUUGGAGCGCAAUCCUGACAUCUCCCGCCGACUGGUCGUCCACUAUGACUCGGUUAGGAUGGGAUGUCGCUUUCCUCUCCAUCCCCUCUUGAUCGAACUUUGCAACCGCUACGCCAUACCUCCCGGUCAGAUUUCCUCGAACUCCCACGAGAGUCUUUUUGGCUUCUUGGCGCGGUGUCACAAGAGAGGCAUCCAACCCACUCUGAAGCUCUUCCUCUCUCUCUUCCGUCCACAUAAAUAUGACAGUGAGUUGGGCCGGGGAUACGUGAGUUUCACGGCCCGGACCGAUAUGCAGUUUUUGGACAGCCCUGGUGACAAACUUGAUGACUGGUUCCGGCGCUUCCUCGUGGUGGUAGUCCCGGAGAACCUCCCCUUCCCUAAUGUGUGGCGAAAGAAGGAAGAUAAAUUUCCUUCUCAUACCUUUCCUCCGCGUGACUCGGAGCUUGAUGGGAUCUACCGUCUCCUUCUCAAGAACGGCUAUCCGGUUCCCCGAGCGCUUCUCUUCAAGGAUUCAAAUCUCCGGGGUCUUGGAUACUGGGUGUCCCCCGAUACUCCUCUUCAAGAGCCGUCGGGAAACACAACUUCCUCUUGGGUUCCUCCUUUCAGGAGCACCCGACUCCGCCGGCGAUCUUCUCGAAGGGAUCCUUCCCCGGAGGAGGACACCGAGGGCGAAGAGGCUGGAUCCGUGACCGGGACCCAACCUGUGCUACUUGCCGACCACCCUCAUCUUUCGGAAGAGGGGGCCCCUCCUUCUGCCCAGUUCAUGGGCCCGUUGGGUUCCCAUCCUCAACUCACUGGGACCUUUCCCAUUGGGCGCACCACCGGUUCACAGGGGUCCCUUGAACCGCCACAUGUCCAGGUGGCCGGAAUUGGGAUUCCGUGCAGCACUGAGUCUCCUUGGGAAUAUUCCCCCUCCUCUGGCUGUGGGGGGAAUGAAGCAAUUUCCCUGCUCCAACCGUCCACUGCCCUAAAUUUUGCAGAGUCAGCGGCGGAGAGCAUUUUUGGGACGCCCCUUGGCCAGGGCGGUGUUCCUCUUCCUGGAGCAAAUAUCCAUCGGUCCUUUAGGGAGACGGAGGAGAAAAUUCGGUCCUCCAGUUUUGGGAAGGUUAUUGUCCCAUCCUCCGUCCAGCCCACUGCUGUUCCCGGUCCAUCCACUCAAGAGACCGGGUCUUCUUCUUCUUCCCAGGCCCAUCACAAGAGGGGCCGAAAUUCCACUCCUCUUCCAGGCUCUUUGGUGUCCGCCGGUCCUUCCAUGGGGACCGCUGAUCACUUCUUUGGGACCGCUGGUGAUGGGUCUCCUACCGCGCAAGGGAGUCAGCCCUUUCCCUAUGCCCGGGAGGCCUAUCAGUUCACAGGGUACACGGCUUGGGUUGGACGGGAUUUCAACAAUAAGCUUCAAGAAAUACAACAGCUUAAGAGGGACCAUCCAGAUGUGAUUCACAGCCCCGUUUGGCCGUUUAUGCAGGAGGAGUAUACUCGUAUGGCCGAUUAUGUUGCCACUUCCUCUGCCCAGCGCCACUCUCUUCGCCUGUUGGACCGCAAUGCUGCUUUAUCAAAGGAGCUGCGGGAUUUCAAAUCUCGGCACUCUAUUUGUGUCGAGCGCCUGGAAUACGAUCGGGUUUUGUCGGAGAACGACCAGCUCUACUCUGACCGCGAGCGGCUUUCGGCUAAGGCCGAUCUUCACCGAAGGAGAGCAGAGGAGGAGUUGGAGCGAACAUGGCGUCGUCGGUCCGAGGAGGAGGCGAGGAAGGCGGCGGAGGCAGUUGAGCAUAGGUGGCGUCUCCAACACGAAGAAACUGAACGCCGACUUUCUCAACGAGUUGAGGAGUUAAACCUGUCCCUUAUGGAGGAGAGGCGUUCAGCCCGGAGUUCCCUUGAGGAGGCCCGCCGCUCGCUUGAGAACGAGCGUCUCACCUAUGAGGGGCAUAUGGCGCGGAUGGAGGCGGAUCGCAUUGCAGAUUACGGUAGGAGCUUGUAUCGUGGAGGAUUGGAGGUCCAACAACAGUUUUAUCAUGGCCUGGAGCCCUAUUCCGAUGGGCAGGAUCCUUGGCUGAAGUUUCCAGGCAUCCCAGGACCCAUGGGACCAGAGCCUUCUUUCCUCCGUUCUUCUCCCUCGCCCUGAAUUCUCAAGUCACUAUUGUAGUUUGUUU